UGGACAUGCAUGGUGAAUGACCAUGUUAACAUGUUUCUAAAAGAAAAGAUGAUAUCAUUCCAAAAACUACAAAGGAAGAAAGAUCCAAAACCUCCUCUUCUUCAUGCUCCUCUUGUCACGUUGCCACUGCAGCACUCACCAUGUUUCAUUAUAAAACAGUAGCCAAACCAUUUGAAACAUGACCCAUGAGCAUCCUCCAUCAACCACCAUGGACUCCUCCUCCUCCUCCUCCUCCUCCUCCUCGUCUUCCAACAAUCACCACCCACAUCCACCCCCUUCUCUUCUCUCCUUUCUCGCUGUUUUCAAAAACGUCCUCAACCAAGAGCUAAUCAGGAGCGUGCAUGCCUACCGAAUCGUUUCCGAGGAGGAAGGUGAGGGGAGGGAGCUGUGGGUGGAGAGGGAGUUCCUCUUCUCUCCCACCUCCCACCUCGAGAUCACUGCGCCGAUCCCCCGCCAGCUCCUCCUGGCGGAUCCAGUGGUGCGUGGUGGCGUCCGCCAUCGGCCGAGGUUCCACGAGGGACAAAAUAUUGGCCUUUGGCUUUGUAUUCUAGCAUUCGACUCUGCCACCGCCGCUGCCAUAUCGCAGCCUCUUCCCAUCCCUCCCAUCCUCUCCUUCUCCAGCAAUCCAAGAUUACAGUCUGUGCCAACUUUGUCCUGUGAUCUUCAAAAGGUUUUCCAGUUGAGGUGCGAAACCGAAAACCAAGAGCUGAUGCAUGUUGUUUCAGAAGAAAUCCUUGCAGACAAAGAAAAUGAGUUUUCUCGGCCAAUGAAAAAUGCACCUGAUUAUGAUGAAGAUCAACUCUUACACUCUUGUCCCAUAAUGAAACAAGCAACUUCAGAUAAUCAACAGUCCCCUGAAAUUGUACCUGAAGUUGGAGCAUCCAGGAAGAAGAAGAGAGCUGCAGCAGAGCAUGUAGCUAAUAUUUCUUUAACUGAUCUUGUUAAGUGCUUCAAUCUUCCAAUCGUAGAAGCUUCGAGAAAUUUAAAUGUCGGAUUGACUGUACUGAAGAGGAAAUGUAGAGAAUUUGGUAUACCUCGUUGGCCACAUCGGAAGAUCAAGUCUCUUGACACUCUUAUACACAAUCUCCAGGAAGAGGUUCAUAGACAGGAGAAAGAGGACAAAGCAGCUGCAGCCAGAGCAGCCACUAAGAGGAAGAGAAUGCUAGAAACCGAAAAGAAGGGUAUUGAGAGGAGCCCAUUCAUGGAGUUGCAGGGAGAAACUAAGAGGUUCAGGCAAGAUGUUUUUAAAAGAAGACAUAAGGAAAAAGUUCUGAGCAAGAAAUGCCAACAACCUUCUCCUGAGGUUCACAACUGCUUCCAUAAUUGAGUAAAUCAAAUGGUGUAAAGUUGUAGCUUUUGCUAUAUUACCAAUCACUUGCAAGAAGAAAUAGAGACAUCAUGUCAUUGAUUGCUCUAAACUAUAAUAGCAUUUCACAUAUUUUUCUUAUUCCA